GUUAACCCUGCAGGUGUGACUAUGAUAUAUACAAAAUUUUCCAUCGAUUUUAAAACGAAAGUGUAAAAACAAGCAAAAAUGUAAAAAUUUGAUAAUCUGUAAAUGUAAUUAAACUAACUGCUUAUAAUUUAAUGAACUAUGUAUUCACACAAAAUGUUAAUUGCUUACGAAACAAAUUAGAGGAACAAAUGAAAAUCCAUAUUGCCGAGGUUGAAAGUGGUGGAAACAGUGGAAUACCGAUAAAGGCAACGCGAAUACAGCAAUUAAAAUUGGUACACAUCACCUACUAUUGGAAUUUAUGGAAACUCUUGUUGUUAAUCGAAAGAUGAGAAUCGCCUUAAGUUGGUGUUAGCGAAUUAGCUGGUGCCCUAAAAAAUGCCGAGGGUAAACAACGCACACGCAAAGGACACCAAUGGUUCCAAUGUCAAUGUAGCAACGAAAGUACGAAAGAAUGCCAUUAAGACAGAGGUGGAAAGUCCAGGUGAACAACAUGUUUUUCACAGAAAAUCGGAAAGGAGAAGAGUGGCGCGAGAUAUCUUUUUGGUUUUCGAAGAGCAACCUUGCCGGCGGGUACGUGGAGGUGCUAACAAAAAGAAAACAGCGCAAAAACCAAAAUUCGGCCAUUUGAUGGUUGAGGAUCCAAGUCGUCCGUCUAAAGGGCUAUUGCGUGACAUUAAGAAUGAACCAAAAUGUUAUUUUAGCGAUGAAUGUACGACCAUAACUGCGCCCACAACAGCAACAAAAACAGUAGCAACAAAAGAAAAAAAGAAUACACCAAAGGUGAAUAGCCGAAAAGAAAGUAAACCUUUAGUCGUGACAGAAAAAGUAACAGAACCCACUAAAGAAAUCAAAAAUGAUGAUCCUGUAGCGCGCGUCAAUCCCAUAUUUUUAUGGGUUAAACAAGAUGACACACGGAUCGUUGAAGUGCGUUGUGAGGAUUACGACAAAAGAAACCGUAUACGUAUAAAAAAGACUUCAAACGGUUGGCGGUCAAUACCGCGUACUGACCCAACUACGUCAAAGAUAGUUAAAAUCUUGCAAACACCGCUCUUAAAAGUAAAACGUGAAUUAUAUGAAAGUAAUUUAUUCCAGAAAUGCAAUGAAAAUAUUUGCGCAAAUAUAAGUAGGCAAAUACCAAUAGAUGUCAAUGAAAAGCAAAGCUUUAUAUCGGAUAAUAUUGAAGAAAAUAUGCCGGCUUGUAUAAAAAGCGUAAUUUCAGAUACAGUGAUUAGUAAAGAAGAGGUUCAAAUUGAGAGUAGUGCGAAGGUGAAACAUAAGAAUAAAAAAGUAAAAAGCAAGAAGAAUAGCAAAAGAGGAAGAAAAUCAGCUAAAAUUAAUAUUCCAAAAACUGAAGUACAUCAAGAUGAUAUUCCAGAAAUUAUUACCGAUAAUAAUUUUGACACCCAUUUAGUUAGUCAAAAUGAAGAAUGUUCAGUGCAAAUUGAGCAGUCGAUACAAUUAAAUUCGCAGACAAUACCAGACUUCAAUGAAGUGUGUGUCAAUAACCAUAAUAGUAUAAUAGAAGAUAAUAUGAUUAUCAACAAGGUGGAUGAACAAGCAGAAUCUCAUAUUGACUUGAAAGAACCAAUAGUUGAAGCAGAAAAUACACCAGAAAGUUUAUCAGAUGUAAAUGUGCGGCCUGAUUUAAAUGAAAAAGUUAUAGAAACUGAAACAUAUCAACAUCAUUCAACGCAUUUGCAGCUGUGUCCGAUAACUGGGCUUUUCUUGCCCACAAUAAUUUGCGAAAGUGACAAUGAGGGAGAGAGCAUAGAUGUCGCGCCCAAAGACUGCGACGUUAAUACUUUUAAUACGAACUUUUUGUCCAAAGAUAUAUUAGUGGACUUGGCCGACUGCGAAGAAAACGAUAAUAAUAUGGAAAGUGGGGAGAAGUUACAUACGUUGAAUGCACAUUAUGCUACAAAUUUAGAUGCCGACACCAAAAACCUUAAAGAUCUACUAGACGAUGCUGAUUUAAUGCAGCAUUGCAGCGAUAAUGCCAACAGCGAUGCUGAUAUUAUUGAUUCCAUAGUUAAACGCAGCUGUGAAAACAAUUUAAUCCAGGCGACUGAAACACUCAAGGAGGCUGAUGUACCAACAACAUUUAACACUUCGCAAUGUGAAGAUAUGCCACAAAAAGAUUUGCUAACCGAGGCAAUACCAUUACAUAUAAUUGAUGAGUCGGUGCGUGACUCACCAAAAUGUUUGUCUUUCAAUGAAGCUGGUGAAAUCGAGGGCCUCAAUGGUGAAUUAUUUCAGUCAAAUAAUUUUAUGGAUACUUAUGAAAAAGACUCCAGCGUUGAGGAAGUUAGUUUGAGUGAUGAUGGCAAAAAAACUGAAAGUACGGAUGUAAUGGCAUUAUCAUCGCCAAUAGCACUUAAAGACAAACUGCAUGACGAUGUGGUACUGGACGAGACACCAAAAGACUUGAGUUAUAAAAAACGAGAAGAGGUAUGCCCACCAUCCGAAUCUCGCAGUCAGUGUGCUGUAACGUCGAGUUCAGAUGUCGUGAAGUCACCACAGCAAGGCGAACUACCCACUAUAGAAACAACUUCAGAGGCAAUCAAGAAUUUAAUAUUGGAGCAAUUUAUUAAAUUAAACGCAUUUAAUGCGAUACCGACACCAGUAGCAAAACAACAGUCAGAGCCUAUGAAUCUUGGCAAACCACAUAGUGAUAUAAAUACAAGCAACGAUUGUAACGAUUAUGCUACAUCUACAAAUUAUAUUGAAACAGUUGUUAUUGAUGAUAAUAGCGAUGAAGAGCCAAUGAAGAAACGUGUGCGGAAUAACGAAAAACUCAAUAAAAAUAAUGUUAUUGAUGAUACGGUACAAGUGGUUCAAGCCAUUCAGACGGUCGCCCCAAUACCAACAUUGAUCGAUAAGGAUCCAGAUCCGCUCACACAGUUACAGUUACUCAUUAGAAAUACACAAUGGAAAGUACCGGAUCCAAUACUUGUGCCAAAGGAUAGGUUGCGAGCAGUAUUAGCUUCACCAGCACGAGAAAUUCCACUUUUAAUUACGACUAGACCGGAAUUAAGGCUACCUGAGGCAUUUGCUUACCCCGAGAUUAUACAAAAUCCCAAUAUAUUGGUAAUUUCGAUGGCGCAAUUAGAAGCUAUUUUGAAAAAUGAAAUGGAAAUGGAAAAAAACAAAGAUCAAUGUGCUCUGGUAGAUCCACUACUUGAGUUGCAGCCUGAAAACACAAAGAAAAUUAAUACUAUGCCCUGUACAAAUAAAAACAAGCCGCUUAUCGAACCGAAAAGUGUAAAAGUUAAAGAAGCGCCAUUGAAUCCACCAGUGCCGCCACCCAAAUGUUCACAUGUCGAGACAAAUUUGGCUUCCGAUAUUAAUGCUGCAACGCUGGCAGUAUUAAAUCAAAUGUUGUGGUUGCCAUAUUUUGGGCAGUUAUCGCAGGAGUUUCUAAAAACAUUAAAGAAUCCUCUAGGCGUACAAAACAAAUACGCGAGCAUACUGCCACCACUAUACAAUCACCAUCUUGGCCUGCAACAUUUGGAUGAAAUGUACAAGAAUUACGUGAAGCAGAUGACUGCCUUAAAGCACAUCAGUGCUGCAGAGACACCUGUUAACAAUGCGUUGCCAAAUUUUACACUGCCACUCGGCGCAUUCCAGCCCACUAUGGAGACGACGGUCUUUCAGAAAAUGUUGCAACAUCAAAUGGCUAACUUUUUGAAUAUAAAUCCUAUGGCUACAUCUGAGGACGUAACCAUGCAAACGCCAAUGCAAAGAGGUGUUGUUGGAAAGAGUCCAGCGCACGAAGGAAAUAUAAAUGUUGAUCAGAUGCUUGGCGUUGAAGAUAAGAAGGCCAAAAGUAACACGACCACAACGACGACGACGGCAAAUACAACUCCUGACAUUAGCGGCAUAGUCGCUGGUGUUGCCGAGAAGUCACUUAGGCACAAUAACAACAAUGCGACAUUAAGUUGUGAUAACGCGAUGCCUGAUAGUGUAAAUUAUAAUAAAUACACCUAUAUGCAAAAACAAGAAAUUGAUAAUAAGCCACGUUUAACGUGCAAAUCUCUUUCAAAUUUAUUAGAACCGGAAAGUGUGCCGUCGUCGCCGGCGGUUCCAGUUGUCAAUCUUACCACAGACCAUAUACGCAAUGCGUCACAUGAACACACUACAAAUAGCCAAAUUAACACAAUCAUCAAUAAGGAUACAACCAUCACGGUUGCGCCAGCGACCGCGGAGGUAAUGCCUUUCAAAACUGCAAAACUGAAUAAAGUCUCGAGUGCAUGUUUAAAUGCCACGCAUGAGCUGGCUAAACAGAGAAAACGCGUUAUGAACUAUACUGAUGCGGCGGUGGCAUCUACGCCUGCUGUUACUACAGCAACAACAGCAUCUUUAGAGAGUCAAACGUCGAGUCGAAACAUUGUGUCCGACAACAUGAAUGUGGAGACCAAUCAGGCAUUGUGGCAUCCACUGUUUGGAAGUAAUGUAAAACCUGGCUACAGCAGUCCCUGGCAAUGGACCACAGUAACGGCAACGGGUGAAUGACAUUCAAGGGGUCUCAAGGGACCCAACAGUUAUGAAAAUGAACUUAAUGAGUUCUUUAAUACCUCUAAUAAUGUGCAUUAUGCUGCUGUCAAAGCACAAAGCGCCCACACCAAUCAUAAUCAUAACAGCGGCAACAGCAAUACCAGCAGCAGUUGCAAUGCGAAAUCUAACGGUGGCAGCAGCAACAAUAACAACCACAUCAGGAAUAAUGUUAGAACAUGCAUGACCACCAACACAACACAUAACCCCAUAGAUGCUAGCGGCAGCGGCGGCGGUAUCGGCAGCAGCAGUAGUGGUAGUUGUAACAACAGUGGCAUUAACAGUUAUCAACACAGUCUACAGCAACAAACAACAGCGGCCGCAGCGGCAGCAGCUGUGGCAACAACGCGCGACCAAAUAAACGGUUAUGCAAGCUUCAAGGAACCCGAACGCUUUAUAGAGCAUAAUUUUUGGCAAACACAAAAGCAGGCUGCUGCUGCGGCAGCCGUCGCUGCUACGCAUGCGACCAAUCAAUGGUCACUUAAUAACAAUCGCAAUUAUAUGAGUAAUCUAUCGCAAAUCUCAUAUUCGAAUAACAGUCAACCGAACCAAAGUUCAUCGCCGUAUGUGCAAUUCAAUCCCUACAUGAACAUGAAUUUAAAUAUGAACAUGAAUCAGCGUUCAUUUUUAAAUAGCGCGCAAGCAACGGAUAAAAAUGCAAUGCAUUUAAAUCAUUUCGAUAAACAUAAUAUGCGUUUUGGGGAAUACGACUGUACAUUGCGCUAAACAAAAAAAAACACAUAUAUGCUAAAAAAUGAAAACAAGGCGAACAUCUCGUAACAAUUAAAAUAGGAGGUAUAAGAAACCCAUACACACCCACAUACAAAUAAUAAAUAUAUCAUUGUACUGUUGCGCAAUGUACAUGUUGAAUAUAACCCAAUAUGCAAGCAUUCAAACAUACAACCAUAUACACUUAACAUAAUAUACAUAAUUGCAUACCCAUUAGAUACAAGUAUAAUAUGUGGUAUUUAAGUUGAGCGUAAAUAUCGAAAUGUCUGCCAGCACAUCAUUGAGGAAAUGUGUCCUGGAAUUACACAAUAUACUAGAAUGUUUUGUUAGGCCUAUUAAUGUUCUUAAAAAGUAAACAAACAUAUUUAUGUGAACUUGAUUAGUGAAUUUGUUAUCAGUAGUUUGUUACACCAUAUUGUUAAUCGAAAUCUAUCAUGAUGCGUUAAUAUAUAAUGUAUAUAGAGUUUUUUUUUAUCUAGAUGUAUUAUCCUUUUUUAAUAAAAAGCAACAAAUGACUAUGGUGACUAUGUAAAUUA